UUUUUCUCUAACUUAACAUACGCAGUGAUUGAUGAUAAAUAUUUUUUUUUUUUUCAUACAUAGCACACAGUAGAAAAGAUGUAUUCAAUUUGGGGGAAAAAGUCUAAAGAAGCAGAGGCAGAGAAAAAGAAACCUAGAACAAGUGCAGCCCAAAUCCGUGUUCAAAAAGAUCUUGCUGAAUUAGAUAUACCUGAUACCAUAAAACUAGAUUUCCCUGAUCCUUCAAACAUUCUUAAUUUCAAUGUUACUAUUCAUCCUGAUGAAGGCUUCUAUACUCAAGGCUUAUUUAGAUUUACGUUUACUAUUAAUAACAAUUAUCCUCAUGAACCACCAAAAGUUCAUUGUGUUCAAAAGAUUUAUCAUCCCAAUAUUGAUUUGGAAGGCAACAUCUGCUUAAAUAUUUUACGUGAGGAUUGGAAACCAGUUCUUUCAUUACAAGCUGUAUUAGUCGGUUUACAAUAUUUAUUCCUCGAACCUAAUGCAGAUGAUCCAUUGAACAAAGAUGCUGCUGAAAUAUUGAGACAUAACAGAAAACAAUUUGAGACUAAUGUCAAGAAAUCUAUUGUUGGAGGAUCUUUUGAUGGUGUUCAAUAUGAUGAUGUGUUGGCGAAAUAUUAGAUAAUAUUCAGGGGAUGAAUUUUAUAAGUGAAACUUACACUUUCCAAAAAAGAGAUUUUGUUUAUAAUAAGCAGGGUAUAAUGAAGAUGGAUAAAUUUUAUUUAUUGUUCUUAUGAACUGUAAUGUAAUAUUACACAAUAGGAACAUAUUAAUAACUAUAUUAGGAGGGGGGGGUAAGUUCGUUGUCUUGGUAACAAAUUUGUCAAAAUAUAAAAAAACAAAAAAACAAAUACAAUAAAUUAAAAGAAUCAAA